AUGUACUUAAGUACUUCUGCUCAUAAUACAUCAAUAUAUCGUACUAGCUCUACAUUUCUUCCCUCAGAUUCGAAGAAGAGAUUAAAAGAUGUACUCAAACAGUUUCGUGAUGGGGAGUUCUCGCAGUAUAAACCAGAAGAGGUGAAUUUUAUAACAACAUUUCUGCUUUUUAGAACUUAUAUAGCUAUAACUACAUAAAACUGUUUCUCAAAUAAAAAACCCCACAAAACUAACAUAAAAAUGUUUUUCAGAUUUUGAUUGGUUGUGGUAACGUCUGGGCAGAUUGCUCAAAAAUGACCGCACGCCUAAAAUGAAACUUGAGUUUAGGACGAUUUAAAUUAAUCUUCAACACGAUUUAAGGAAUUUGCAUGGUUCAGUUCACUUUCAAAUCUUUGAUGAUGCAUGUAAAUGAUAUAUAACAGGAGCGAAAACUUUGUGAGUAGACAUUUCCCCGAAACUUGUGCAGUAGAUGUCUGGAACAUUUAUGUGUACUGUACAGUAUAUAAAUAAGUAGUAGCGUCGUUUCUCGUGGAAUUGGAUAAAACAUGCACUCUUGAGUUUUUCAAAGACCUCUUUAAAAUUUAAACUCACUCAUGCAUGCAUGUUCAAUUUGCACUCGAAAUCAUGCUAUUACUUAUACUAAUAGUAAUAUACCCUCCCUAACGUUAUACGCUGUUAAGCUUCCCCAAGACGAAAAACACCAAAACACCGUAUUCGCUACCAGGCCGUACACAAACUAUACGUAGAGAAAACUAUAUUUACGAUUUUUAGAAUGUCAUUAAUUAUUCUUUGGAUAUUUGGUACUUUUUUCGGCAUAUAGGCCUUACUGCCCCCCUGGUGAAAAAAUCCUGCGUACGGCCCUGUUCGUUACAAAGGUUCUAAUAGGGUGUUUUCAAAACGAACAGUCUGUGCCAGUGUAGGCAGGCCUCGAAUUUCCCUGAAAUCAAUCGACGGUAAUGGCGUUAAAAAUUGCCGUAGAACUACGUAACAGCUGUCUACGGCAAUUUUGACAGUUUCCACAGCAUUUUUUCAAAUUAAUAAAAAUUUAAGUUUAUUGUUACUUUGGAUUGUUGACAUGUUUACGUAUUUCUUUAAGUGUUUUUUAAGACUAAAAUAGCAAUUUACGCAUGAUUUGAUCAACCGAUCUGAAUUCAAGUAUCAAAAUAAUAAUGCACAGUGAAUAGUAUAAAAAUUACACUAUACGGCAAUUGCUCCACGGCAUUUUGUUCUCCCUCUACGGCAAUUGCCGCGAUAAAAUUCAAGCCCUGAGUGUAGGUAGUGACAACAACGGCAGAAAGCUGCGGAUUGGAUUCAACCACCUGAAAAUACAAGUAAAAUGUUUCGAGCGAAGGCUAUUCGUCGAGAAGGGCCUUCCCUACGAAGUGCAUAAUCUAUAUUCUUAAUAUAUUUCAAAGGGCUUUGUUCCAAAAAAUAAUGCCUCAAAUGAUGCCAUUAACUAUGACGUCUAUAGUGGAUAUUUUGACAUAUUAAAAACAUGACGGAAGAUUUGUUCACCCGUACGUCUAGGUGAAAAGCUAAAACGUAAAGUAGAAUUGAUUGUCCUCACUCUACUGCAUGUAUAUUGUUUUGAGAGAUUAGUCUUGUAAAACAGGAUAUCAAAUUUUCUUUAACUUGUCUUUUAGCCAAUGAAGUAUGAUGGUUUCAAACUAUUUAUGAAUGCAUAUCUUGGCAAUGAUAUCAGUGAUGAUUUAUGUCAACAUUUAUUCUCGACAUUUUGUAAGCAAGUGCCAAUAAACAAUGCAACAAUAACAAGUUUACAGCAAGCAGAGGCCAUGAUUGCUGAUAAGCCAGGUAUAAUAUUAGACACAGUGUAUAUACUAUACAGAGGUCCCACUGUACAUGAGACACGCAUUAUAUAAAUACUAUACAGUCCGACUCAGCCAAAACUCGUAACCAGCGCCAAGUAGCCAUUAGCAGUCGCUAUGCAGUCGCCAUGUGCCUACAUAUCUAGUGGGCGUACGAGAAGCACUUGCCCCCCCUCCCCCCCUUGGGGAACGACCAAGCCAAGCCGAACAUUUUGAAUGUUUUCAGGAGGAUGACGGCCUCUCCUUGUAGUGCACUGGCAAGGAACGUGGCGGCCGGUUUCGGUGACAUCAAAGGCGCUGACACGGAGUCGGACUUCUGUAAGGGCCUGUUUAUAUGGGAGCCGGGCUGGCCCGCUAGGCGAGACAACCCGGUAAGCGAGAUCUCGCUGUGUGGUUAUUUUUAUAGUAAAAUUAUCGUGCGUUUGUAUGGCCCGGUUGUCAAGAUCUCGCUUGAAAGAGGCGAGAUCUCGCUUACCGGAAUGGAAAUAUCUCCAUAUAAACACUCACAAGCGGGCUAGCCCAGUUGCCGAGAUGAAAGUUCAAAGAUACCGCCGCAAGCUAUUUUCAAAACAACUGAUCAAAAUAACAAAAUUGUCCCGGCAAGUGGGAUGAAAUUUUUUCAUAUAAACACAAGAGAAAUUCAUCCCGCUUACCGGGCUGUCUCGCGGGCCAGCCCAGCUUCCAUAUAAACAGGCCCUAAGACUCUAUUCUAGAGAUUAAUUAAGCGAGCGACAUUUUUGACAACACGGACGUCAAGCGACAUAAUUUAACCGCGUUAAUUAUGACGUCAGUAGUUCUUGUUUGAAAUCAACAAAGGCAGUCAAUGUUGAAUUAACUAGCCAAUGAGAACCCAUAGUUUCUUUACGUGACUUUGGUUAAAAUGGCGACAAUUGAAGGAAAUGCAAACGAUCGUAUCAACGACGUUGCUGUUGCGUAUUUUUCCCAACGUGUGCGGUGAAAAUACAUAGCUUGAUAAAACAGAGUGUGUUUGCCUAAUUCACCCGAGUCAGAGGUUCAUGAUGCACGUGCUUGACAACUAAGGCGUAUAAGUGUUAGUUUUUGGUGUGGAGAGGAAAACCUGAGAAAACACUCGAAGCAUAGAGUAGGGCGUAAAAAAAAACCUGUGGUUCCGGUUCCCGACCGACCCUAUUUUUUUUCUGCCGACCCUAUUAUUUUUUCGACGUGAUUGACUGUGCGACCUUAUUUUCUCCGGGUGGUUGCGGGCUGCUCAUGCAGCGUGCCAAAAUGGCGACUGUUGUGACAAUAAUCGUUGAACCGUGUAAUCACAUUAACUCUCAAAAAAGGCUUUUUGCAUCGGUGCCUCACAACACAACGUUCGCCGAGCUACUGGAAGACUACCAUGGGUUUCCCACGAUUGAUUGUCAAAUCGAAACAGCACAGGAAGAAAAUUUGUGCUGGACAUUAUUGCCAAUUGAAAAUGCGAAUUUGACACUACAAUCACUUGUCGCCUUCAAAAUAAAAUAUUUGAAAAUAUCUUGUGCGAUUAAACAGCAAGAAUCUACAAAUAACGUAGUAACGACACCCACGAGAAACGAACGAACUAUCCAAGACGAAGUAACCAACUUUGCGUAAACGCGUAUGUAACGCGAGUACAUAACGCGUCUUGUGUCCAUUUCCAUAAUUAAGACACGUGAACGGAACAACAACAAACUGCCUAAAUUCGUCCUUAGGAAAUAUAUAUCUCUAGUGAGUUAAUCAUGUCGGGACUCUACUGAAAAUCGCCAAGAAAAAAACAGCCAAAACCAUAAAAAAAAAUAUCUAAAAAAAAAAAUUUCCGACCUACCGACCCUAAUUUUUUCACGAUAUGAAACCGGAACUACAGGGUUUUUUUUUACGCCUAGGAGAGGACCAACCAAACACGCGUUUCCAACAUGGGAAGCCAGGGAAGGUAAAUCCUAGAGGUGUGCAUCGGAUCGGACGUUUAUAAUCCGACAAUUGGCUAAUGUUUAAAAUCCGAUCCGAAAUUGUCUAAUCCGAAUCCGAUCCGAAUUUUGAUAAAGAAUUCCGAUCCGAUCCGAAGAAUCCGUUAAUAAAAUAAUUUUCUCAUUCAAGUUGAAACAUUUAAACAAAUAAAUAUGAAACAAGAAAUACAUGUCAAGAAGUUGACAAAGUGACGUCCAAUUGAAGUAUCAAACGAAUAAUGCAGCGACAACCACGAUAAUGCUUUGAUAAAUGCAUGCAUGGAUAAUUAAUUCUUGCGAUAAUGCGUGGAUAAUUAAUUCAUUUUAUUUCGAAUAUCGAAGUCCGAUCCGACUACGAAACAACUUUAUCAAUCCGAUCCGAAAUGUAUAUUUUUGUUCCGAAAUCCGAACGAAUCCGAUCGGAUUCGGAUCGGAUUUGCACACCUCUAGUAAAUCCCCCACUCUCGAACUGCAUGUAGCAGACUCUGCGGUGAUGGACAGUGCACUAACCGCAUCUUCCACCCGCGAAGUAUAGUGUCCAUAUGAACUAAUGUUUAGUAAAAUUCAAUUUAGCUGAAAGUGGUAUACAUACUGGUAUUACAUCUGCUGCGAUAGUGGCUACAAUUCCUAUCACUUCACGAGAUACAGCCGUUAUUACGCAUUCAUCGUCACAUACUCAUUUAACUGGCUCGCCAUGCAAUGAAGCUGAUCGCCUACCUCGCUCAUCAUCUGAUGGUAUAAAUUGUGCAUCUCGUAUUAUACCUGCUCGAAGAUCUAUUAUAUCGCUAAACGGUAAACUAAAUCAACGUAGGUCAAUAUUUAAAUAUUAAAUGUUUGAAUACCAUAAAUUUAUGACAUAUAGUAUAAACCGUAUUUAUAGUAUCCAUGUAACCAAAACUUAGACCUGGUAAAAUAAAAUUGUUAAUUAACCCCAAAGUAAAAGUUGUCACCUUUUAAACUUUCAAUUUAGCCUUGUAUAUAUAUCCUCUCAAACUUCUAACAUUCAUCUCUGUGAUCCACACAACCUCUAACAUAUAUUUAGCGAAAACAAUUAAUGUAUGAAAAAAUAUUAAAAACCGUCUAUUUGUUAAACAAACUGUUAAAAAUUAAAACGCUUAGUCCAAUAUUUAUUUCCUUGUUAAAAUGUUUUUUAUAUGUUGACGUAUAUAAACGAUUUUGUCUAUAACGAGAAACGUGUAACUUCUUCUGUAAAUGAUCUUUUUACGGUGGCUUGUACUGGUACUGUAACCGUUUAAAGCUUUUAGACGUCGCGCCUUGUAUUCCCACUUCAUUCGUACGUAUAUCUUUCAAUGUUAUUAACAUACAGUACAUGUCCAACUGCAAUUUAAACUUGGUACUCAAUACAUACUAAGUACGAAUUCAUCACGCAAUCUACAAAUUUAUCCCACACAACUGAAGAUAUCAUGGCUCAUUACCUCUGGGCAAUCAACCACUCGACUCACACUCACGUUAUGUUUACCUACAGUCUUUACAUAAGCCAUGUAUGCAUUACAGAUGACCGAAUGUAAACCAUUAUUCGUUUAUAAACACUUCUGAUAGGCUUAUUUACGGAGAGCCUCCUGUUCUGGGAGGGGGGGGAGGGGGGCUGCAUAUAGUGAAAAUUUUGUGCUUCGUAUUACAUAAUUUUUCAAACCAUAUGGAUGAUGGUUUCGGAAAAAGGAAAUUUUUUCCACCACAUUUUACAUACAUUCUGCUAAAAAAUAACUAAACAAGCAUCAAUGACAUGGUAUCUUUGUCUUCCUGUAAACCCAUCCGUCUUUAUCAAUACCUGCCUCUGUAUUUUAGGUCCGGCAAAAGGUUCAUCAGCUGAAAACACGCCAUCAAGCUCACGAAACAAUUCCACAAAGAAGAAGCAAUCUGUUACAGACAAUCUUACGAUAUUUAGCACGAAAAAUGCCUUAGAAACUGUUGCCAUGGUAUCAAUACGGGAAAUUGCGUGUUAUUUGUCGUUACUUGAAGGAGGAGAAGUCGAGGAUAAACUUGAAUGUAAGUAAUCACCAUCCACUAUACCCGAGGCUUUUUACGUCAAGCAGAUUUUUAACUUACUGUAAUAUGUACAGGUAUGUAUGCAUUCGUCUCGUGCACUCUCCGAAUAUAUACAUUGCCCAGAUGUUUGUGGGUGAGCUCGAUUGCAAACAUCGAGCAAAUCCGUUGGGGCUUCGGUGGCGUAGUCAUCACAGCAAGCGCCUUUCACCUCGAGUUCAUGGGUUGAUUCUCGCUACGGACUCAUGAGAAAAGAGUCAGUCAACGCUCUGCCGAAAGUCGUGGGUUUUCUCCGGUUUCCUCCCACAGGGAUUUCCUCCCACAGGGAAAGUUGAGAGGGUGGGUUACAGUAGGAUAAACACAGUUAAGAAAAUAAUAUAAUAUUGAAAAUUUUCUGCAAGUAAUCAAGUAAAUCGACACUCGGACAAUGUAACUGUGUGACACUAACAAGUUGUCAAACUGGAUGUCAUGCUAUAUUUUACAGAAAAAAAAUAUUUCAGUCCACUGAGAAUCUUAAAAUAUAACAUAAAACUAAUAUAGAUAACAUGCAUCAAGGGUCUGAUCCUAUGGUAAACACAGAUGCAAAAAAGGGUACUAUUUUGAAAUCAGGUGUUCCAGAUUGGCUAAAAAUGCAUUUGCCAUACAACAUUUGUUACAUCAUUCUAUAGUCUACACGGCUAAAAACGCAUAGGUUGUUCCAAGUUGAUAUCGACAGGCGUGAACAAUGUUGUGCGGCCAACUAUGAACAAGUUGUCAACCAUGUUGUUCGAAGUUGUUACAGUUGAACAAUGCUGUAACAACAUGUUGACAAUACUGUUCAUAGUGGGCCGCACAACCUUGUUCACGCCUGUUGAUAUCAACCUGGAACAAGUUGUUGAUUUUCUCAAUUUUUACGCGUAUAGGCUAAGUACAGUACAGUAAUUAGGUAUAAGUGUAAUACUUGAUGUAAAGCACAUUUGCAUGAUCCACAUGUAAAUUUGCGCUGUAGAAAUAUUAAUCGUAAUCAUCGUAAUCUACCAUGCUGUUCAGUAUUUACUGUAUGGCAAAGAUAAUAAAGCAUGCGGGACAAUCAUUAGGAAAGGGUUGCCUUCCGGAGUUAAUCUAGGGAAGUUGACAGGAUGGGUUAGGAUAAACUCAUAUAGUAACAUAAUAAUGCGAAAAGUAAUAUCACAAUUCUUGUAAAGAUAAAUUGUAUAGGCUAUUAAAGUAGGUAAUAUAAGUAAUACUUGAUGUAAUCGGUCAAUGAAAAGACCCGAAGGGAAGUGAGCUGAAUGUGUGUGUGUAAUGUACCAAGUUAUCAUGUUAUGACUUGUAAGAUAAAUUUUUGGUUCAUCUUUAAGCGGCACGUAGUUUACUACCCCUUAUUUUUAUUUUGUAUAUUUUCUGAUUAGUUGUUUUCCGAGUGUACGACGCGGAUGGUAACGAGUAUCUUGAUCAACAGGUAUUCGAAAUUUUAUAUAUAUAGCUUGUAAUGUUUGUUUGUGCUACACGAGGUCGUUGUGUACACCACUGAAUAUUAUCGUAAAAUACACAACAACAGUGACUGCGAAUAAAGAAAAUAAUUCUAUUUAUUUUUUCUGGUCCAUAACCCCAAAUCCGUAACGUAAAUGGAGCCUUCCGAUUGCCUGAUUGAAGGUCGGUAUCACACGAUGCGGACCUCCCGCGUUUCGCGCCAAAACAAACCAAGGUUUCAAACUCAAAAAACUACCCAAAAUGUCGAGAAAGCUUCCCUAUCGAUACUAAAGAUAGAAAAAUAAGCCUUCAAUGGAUUUAGUGUCAAGCCCGAAAUGCACUGUUUUCCGACCCAAGCGCAAAAAACAAUUAUUUCUUUGACAAGUAUUCCGUUGUUGCGUAUACAGGUACUUCUUGGCCGGCUGCAACAAGACCAGGUUCCACGUCUUUCACCAAUGCAUGUAUGUACAGGACAUCUAUUAUCUACAACGAUUUCUUUUAGGAGUUGGAGUCUAUCACACAACAAAUGAUGAGCGUUGCCAGAUAUUUAGGAUGGGACGUCACCGAAUUGAAACCAGUAAGUCCUAAUUGUUUUGUGCCUGUAGUGUACUAUACUGUAUUGUACGGUAUUGUAAUGCACUUUACUGUUCUUUUACUGUACUGUACUGUUCUUUUACUGUACUGUACUGUUCUUUUACUGUACUGUUCUUUUACUGUUCUUUUACUUUACUGUACUGUAUACUGUACACUGUACACUGUACACUGUACACUGUAUACUGUACACUGUAUACUGUAUACUGUAUACUGUAUACUGUACUGUAUACUGUACUGUACUGUACUGUACUGUACCGUACCGUACCGUACCGUACCGUACCGUAUUGUACUGUAUAGUACCGGCCACCUCUAGCAAUAUUCCUGCUUGAGUAGUCAUUUACCUAGCCUGCUCAGCAGACCCCACCCGAAAAUUUGAAGCCAAAUUUCAGGUUUUUCUUUCCCCGAACAAAAUUUCCGGCUGCGAGCCUUACCUUAUCGUAAUCAGUCAUUUACACUGUCUUACAGAUUUUACAAGAUAUGUUGUUAGAACUGGAUUGCGAUUCAGAUGAUCGGAUAUCACUGGAGGAAUGGAUCAAAGGCGGUUUAACAACCAUUCCAUUACUCGUGUUGUUGGGUCUUGAUCCA